GCUGCCCCCACGCCGCUCCCUCCGCUGGGAUCGCGGCGCCUCUGUCUCCCUGCACCACUCCACGCGGGACCCGCGGACCCGGAGGCGGCGGCCGUGGUCGGUGGACUCCGGGGGGCGCAGCAGUUCAGACGGCGGCGCCGGGAGGGGGGCGCAGCGGAGCUCGGCAAGUCCCCGGGAGGCGAUGUCGCCGGGCGCGGGCCCCUGCGUAAGCCGGGCGCCGCGACAGGCCGGCCGGUGAGGCGCCGCCGGGGGAGGUCGUGACGGAGCGCCCGGACCCGCCAUGGGCUGAGACACGUCUUCGCCGAGCAGAACAUGCCCGGGUGACUCCCUCCCAGAUCUUCCUAGUGGCCUUCCUCACCCUCCCCAGUGACACUAUGCAACCCCAGCGUGACCUGCGAGGCCUCCGGCUCCUGCUGCUGUCCUGGUUCCUGCUCCUCUUUGAGGUGGCCAGAGCUGGCCGACUGGUGGUUAGCUGUCCUGCCGCCUGCCUGUGCGCCAGCAACAUCCUCAGUUGCUCCAAACAGCAGCUGCCCAACGUGCCCCACACCCUGCCCAGCUACACCGCGCUGUUAGACCUCAGCCACAACAACCUGAGCCGCCUGCGGGCCGAGUGGACCCCCACACGCCUGCCCCACCUGCAUUCCCUGCUGCUGAGCCACAACCACCUGAACUUCAUCUCCUCUGAGGCCUUCUCCCCAGUACCCAACCUGCGCUACCUGGACCUCUCCUCCAACCAGCUGCGGACACUGGACGAGUCCCUGUUCAGUGGACUACAGGUACUGGAGGUGCUGCUGCUUUACAAUAACCAUAUCAUGGCAGUGGACCGCUCGGCCUUCGAGGACGUGGUCCAGCUGCAGAAACUCUACUUGAGCCAGAACCACAUCUCCCGCUUCCCGGUGGAACUGUGUGGGCUCCCCAAACUGACGCUCCUGGACCUCUCCUCCAACAGGCUGAAGACCUUACCAUUGUCCAAUCUGCAGAAGCUGCCCGCGUGGUUCAAGAAUGGGCUGUACCUACAUAACAACCCCCUGCACUGCAACUGCGAGCUCUACCAGCUCUUUUCACACUGGCAGUACCGGCAGCUGAGCUCCGUCGUGGACUUCCAGGAGGACCUGUACUGCAUGAGCUCCAAGGAGCUGCACAAUGUCUUCAACCUCAACUGCAGUGAGUACAAGGAGCGUGCCUGGGAGGCUCACCUGGGAGAGACCUUGACCAUCCAUUGUGACACCAAGCAGCAGGGGAUGACUAAGGUGUGGGUGACACCAAGCAAUGAACGGGUGCUCGACGUGGUGGUCAACAGCACAGUGACAGUAUUUGAGAAUGGCAGUCUUCAGAUCAAGGGGGUGCAGGUUGAGGACGGGGGUGUGUAUACCUGCUACGCCAUGGGGGAGGCUUUCAAUGAGACACUGUCUGUGGAGUUGAAAGUGUACAAUUUCACGUUGCACGGACACCACGAAACCCUCAACACGGCCUAUACCACCCUGGUGGGCUGUAUCCUCAGUGUGGUCCUGGUCCUCAUAUACCUGUACCUCACCCCGUGUCGCUGCUGGUGUCGGGGUGUCGAGAAGCCUUCCAGCCACCAAGGAGACAGCCUCAGCUCUUCUAUGCUUAGUACCACACCCAACCACGAUCCUAUGGCCGGCGGGGACAAGGAUGAUGGUUUUGACCGGCGGGUGGCCUUCCUGGAACCUGGUGGACCUGGGCAGGGUCAAAAUGGCAAGCUCAAGCCAGGCAACACCCUACCAGUGCCCGAGGCGACAGGCAAGGGCCAGCGGAGGAUGUCAGAUCCAGAAUCAGUCAGCUCGGUCUUCUCUGAUACGCCCAUUGUGGUGUGAGCAGGAUGGGUUGGUGGGGAGAUUCUGCCCCAGGAGAGGUAAUGCACCCCUGAAGGAUUUGAGGGGAAGAGAGGGCUGGCUGCCCAAGGGAGUGGGUUCCCCCUGACCUAAGGGAAUUGGUCAUGGUCACAACAGCAGGCAAGACCCCAAGCCGGGUGUGGCUGCCAUGAUUUUCAAAUAUGGAUAUAUUCUCAGGCAGAGGCUACACCCCUACCCAAAGCCCUGGCAUUGGUGGAGGAAGAGGGGCGUGUCGGAGUUGGGUGAGAAUGAGGAAGGGGUGGGGGGAAGAGCAGAUUCCCUAAACUUUUUCGAGGUCAUCCCUAGCUCCUCCAGAGAAAAUCAUUUUGGGGGGAAAACCACUUUUUUUUCUAUCUCUGCCCACCCACACCUGUGAUGGAGGUGUGUUGGGGGAGCUUCCACAGGAGCUACAUUGGGGAAAAGCUGUAGUUAUCUUCUCUGGCCAGGAAGUCACACUUCACAGCUGGGGACAUUGGAGACCUUUAGAAAAAUGAGUCAGGAAAAGGCUGAGACCUCAAUCAAUAACACUCCCCAAAGCUGCUGUGAGACUUUCCACUAAUGCCUUCCUUUUUCCCGCUGGCUUUGAGUGGAGGGAUCUUUGCAGGAACCUGGACUGUUGCCUGUCUGAAUGGCAAUGAUAUGAGAUGUGGUAUCUGUGCCUUGUCCUGGGACCAGUGGCACAGAGGGGUACAACAUGAACUGAGGAGUCCGUGUCACAGCAUAAGUAGCAGCACAAAACUUGUAGAUGGGGGAUACACUCCAGAUUGGCUAAUUUUCUGGUUGGCGAAACCCUUGGCUAGCAUUUGGUUCCAGCACCUGUGUGUCAGACUGGGGUGGGGGAUACUGAAGGCAGAGCUAUUACGGAUGCCUGCCAGACAAGGGAUGUGGGACCACUUCACACGAGGAGGAGGGUAAACCAGCAUCUCUUAUGUAGCAUCCAGCUGGACCUACCUGACUUUCUGUGUAUGCCGUCUCUUCAUUCAGUCUCCUUAGCAAGCUCAGGUGGGAUUCUGAGUUUUCCCUAAAGCUGCUCUGCAGAGGGUAGAGUCCUGGAAAGUCUGGUCCCAGCUGGGUUAGACUGAGCUUGGGGAUGGAGAGGACCAGGUAUGUAUCUCCUCUGUGUUGACAAAGCUGCCUGGCUCCUCUCAGAGAUCUCAUAUCUGCCACAAAGCCAGAGCAUGGGAUUCCAUCAUCCAGGAGGGUGGAAUUGGAUACUCUUUGCCCUAGAAUGGCAUUCUGGAAUGUGGCUUAGAGUUCUGCCUCUCCACAAGGUUCCAGGCAGUCUUGUAACAGAGACAAUCAGUGGUACUAAACUUGCAGAAGGGAAGCUCAGCCACCUCCAUCCCUUUCAGCCAGAGAUCUAUGCAGUUGUGCUCAUCAGGCCAAAGGAACUUAAGAACGGGCCCAAUAUUCCACUCCAUCAAAGGUUACAGAAUACUUUGGGCAUGGAGAUGGCUGCUCCCUUUUAACUUCUCCCUUUGACUAGACUCUAGGUGUUGGGAGACGGCUGCUCCGAGCUUUGGCAAGGGGACGAGCAGGGCAGAGGUGAAAGUGUUCUCUGACGUUGGCCUUUUUCAGUCUCUCCCCCCACCAAGUUCCUUGUCCAGUGGAAGUUCUCCAGGUCUUCUGGUGUAUUGAACUGCUCCUUAGAUUCUAAGAGGUAUCAUUAGUCUGCGGGGCAGGGCUGCUUGCGAGGAGGGCCUGACUCCUGCUGCCUAGUAAGAUUGGGGAAGGGGACUGGAGCUCAACAUCUUCCCCUCGUCUGCUCCUGGGAGGUCGACUGCUGUCCAUCCCUUAUUAGUAACCGCGUUUUGUUGAGAGGUGCAGCAUUUCCCUCGAGUACUUGCAUGCUCAUAGAUACGCAUGCUUAUAGGUACGCAUGCACACCAGCGCCUUGCCUCCCACCAGGACAGGGAUUCUUUAGUCCCACUAAUGUCCAUUUUCAGAAUGGCCUCCACCUAUGUGCACAACUUCAUGCACCCAACUUUCUUGCCCUAUAGGAGAGACAGUGAUCACGCCAGGCUCCCCAAAUACAAACUCUUAAGACUUUUAAUUUCUGAACUCUCUGAAGCUUCACCCACAUCUCCAUGGUACUGAAUAACUUCUCUGCAAAGCCUGGACUUAGGAGAACCACAGGUUGAGAACCUUGGGAGAAGGGAUGAUGAGGGGCUAGCCCAUUCUUCAGCCUCCUCAGAAACCUUCCUUGGAUUCAAAACAGUAUCUAUGAGAAAUACAAGUACAGCUAGGUCAAUGAAGGAUCCAGAAGGAAACUGGCAGAGGACCCAGCAGCUUUAAGUUGCUCUUCCUGUUAACUACCCUAGUGAGAUAGGCAGGAGGGAAAAGUUGUCUGGUUCAAUUCCAGAGAUUUCUGAAGAUUUUGUUAGUGAAGCUCUGAGAACCAGGACUCCCUCCUCAGACUUACAAGGGAGUCUGGGAAAAUGUCACCACCGUGCUGCAGUAUCCCCUCCAGGAGCCAUCUUGGGCUCUGGAAAAUCUUUCAAGUGACUGUCACAGGAAGCAAGCCUUCUGGGGCAUUCUAGCUGAGUGCCUGAGGACCAGUAAGGCCAUUUUCUUCAGAAGUCCCACCCAGCUAGGGAAUAAGAAAAGGCCCUGAUGCUCCAAAUCCCCCUACUAUUUCCACUAGUUUGGCCCUAGUUGGAGAGACUGGAAGAUGUGCCUGCCUGAUCCACCAUGACACUGAACUGAUAGCCUCUUCCAUGGUUUCAGUUGCUAGAACCCAAAGGUAGCUUUCUACUUGGAGGACUUGGUACUCAGCAUAUGUAAGCUCGCUAGAACCCUGUGUAGGAAACUGCCAUAUCUGGUUACAAGAAAAGGCUGAGAGAUCAUCCUUCCCCUCCUCCCACCCACACCCAUAAACCAGACGUGUCUCCCAGGAAGCAGGUGUCCCUGGAGACAGAGUACGACAAUCUGUCCAUGGGACUAUUUGUGACCUUUUUUCUUUGCCUGUAUUUAUGGGUCUCCUAGGAAGGGCCCAGGAGAGGGAACACCCCAGCUGGACAGAGGACAAAGCCAAACUGAUUCGUUUUUCUGUGUGUUCUUACCUCUGUACUACCUUGUAGUCCUGCUGGCGAAGCAAGCUGGCUUCCCCGUGUCCAGGACGCUAUUCCUCCCCCUUGUGUAUACCCAGGCUGGCAAACCUUGGAGCCUCUGGGCUCUGAAAACUAGACAAUGAUCAUUAAACCUGGCUUGAGUCUC